GGCUGUUUCAUAUUCAACUUCAAGAGCACCAAACUAAGCGCCAACCUCAUUAUCGAAGAUCUCGAUCAUUAAUUUUGAGAUCAAAUAUGGCGAGCAAUACAGCAACAGAUCUCCCGCCGGAAGCAAUCGCCUUCGCAACACGGAUGUACGAUGCGGCGAGGGCGGGACAGCUGAAUAUUUUCCAGCAAGCAUUGCCAGCGGGACUACCAGCUAAUAUGACGAACGAGAAGGGAGAUAGUCUUGUUAUGCUCGCAGCCUACCAUGGCCAUGCACCACUGGUCAAGCUCCUGAUUCAACAUGGAGCUGACCCCAAUUGUUUGAAUGAUCGCGGACAAUCGCCUUUGGCGGGUGCCGUGUUCAAGGGCGAGGCUGAAGUUAUCGAGGCUUUGCUUGAGGGUGGAGCGGAUCCGGAUCAUGGUGCUCCGAGUGCGCUGGAGGCCGUUACAUUGUUUAAGCAGGAGGAGAAGUGGAAGGGGAGAUUUGAGAGCGCGCCUGGCAGGGGGAAGGGUGCGCAGGGAGACACUUAGAGGAGGGUGUUGAAAAUUUGCUUUCUAAGCGUAUUGAGCCGUUGCUGUCUGUAAUCGUACAUGGAUGUGAUAAAGAUAGGCUAGAAGCGUCAAAAGAGAUUAUUGCAGUCAGCAAGCAGCAUCCACAUCUCUCCCUACAAGAUGCACCGGCAGUGCCGGCACCUCGAACUUCUGGGAAGACCGGA